AUGCUCCGACGCGCUUUAACCGCCGCCUCAUCAGCGCGCGCACCCUCAAGCAUAGUGGCAAGCAUCUCAUCCUGCAAGCUACCACUCACCCGCCCAUCAUGGCACCUUGUACGUGAACCUCGCAAGCAGGAGAAUAGAACGGCUCCUGCCUCGUAUCUCCAAGCAACUAAAGCAAAACUAACCGCAAAUCUGCAACAGAGCCCUAGCACCACCCGCCUCUUCACCACCACCCCAUUCACAGCCUUCACAGCAUCACCACCAACCAAAGACCCCUCACCCUUCCGCCUCUCCGCAAACAAAACCGACUCCUCCACACCUCCCUCCUUCGAAGAUGUCUAUUACAGUCCUUAUAAGCCGAAGCGUCAAUGGCCACCGGAUAUGUCCAAGCUGUCCCCGAAACACCAGUUCCGGCUCGAGCGCAAAUACCGCCGUCGCGCGGCGCUGAAGUAUGCCCGGCCAACGUUUAUGAAGGCUGUUACGAUUGGCCAGUGGAUUGUUAUUGGAUUUGUCAUUAUCUAUUCUGUACUGUUCAUGGAGUGGGAGACAAAUGAUACUCCGUUCCAUGGAAUUCGGGAGAGCUUCUUCGCUGGUCUCCGGGCUAUAUUCUCCAGCGCACCGCCUCCCGGUGCGAGAAGAGACCAGAAGGAUAAUACAGCGUCCGAGGAGAGUCAGUAG